AUGGUGGGGAAAGCAGGUGGAGAGGACAGAAUGGGAGAUGACACCCUGGGUCGCUAUCACCACAGACGCCAGCAUCAAUGUGAUGGUGACACCCUGGUUCAGCCACUCAUUGCUUCAGAAACUAAGGCAGGAACAACACACAUUGUCUACAGAACGCUGGUAAUGUGCUCGCUGAAACUAGGAGUAGAUUCUCUAACAGUCUGCGCUAGUGAACAUGCUGAGCAGAUUCUUCCUUGGCCCCCAUCUGAUCAUCUCCCUGGAGCAUACCUCCAUCUGCUACUAGGGCAAAUUCAAAUUACUGUGUUGGCAGGAGCCCGCACAAUCUCUCUCUUACGUGGUGGUGAUGGUGGUGGUGUUGAUAUUGAUGUUGGUGUUGUUGGUGUUGGUGUUGAUGAUGUUAGUGUUGAUGUUGAUGUUGAUGUUGUUGGUGAUGGUGUUGGUGUUGAUGUUGGUGGUGUUGAUGUUGAUGUGUUGUUCUUACUGUUGGUGGUGAUGGUGGUGUUGGUGUUGAUGUUGUUGAUAUUGAUGUUGGUGUUGGUGUUGAUGUUGAUGUUGGUGUUGGUGUUGGUGGAGGUGAUGGUGUUAUUUUUGGUAGUGGUGGUGGAGGAGGAGUCUGGAAGGCAAUUGAAGUUGGUUGUAACAUUCUGGUAUCGAGCCCCAUAACUACUUCUUGGAGCAAGACAUUAUACCAAAGCUAUUUUUAUUUGGGCUAUAGGAUGUAUAUUUGCAGAACUACUAACGUCAGAACCAAUAUUUCAUUGUCAACAAGAGGACAUCAAAACUAGUAAUCCUUAUCACCAUGACCAGCUGGACAGAAUAUUCAAUGUAAUGGGAUUUCCUGCAGAUAAAGAUUGGGAAGAUAUAAAAAAGAUGCCCGAACAGUCAACAUUAGUGAAAGAUUUCAGAAGCAAUGCGUAUACCCACUGCAGCCUUAUCAAGUAUAUGGAAAAACGCAAAGUUAAACCAGGCAGUAAAGCAUUCCACCUGCUUCAAAAGUUGCUUACCGUGGACCCAAUAAAGCGAAUUACCUUGGAACAGGCUAUGCAGGAUCCCUAUUUUCUGGAAGACCCACUGCCUACAUCAGAUGUUUUUGCCGGUUGUCAAAUCCCUUACCCAAAACGUGACUUUUUAACAGAAGAAGAACCUGAUGACAAAGGAGACAAAAAGCAGCAGCAGCAGCAGCAGGGCAAUAACCACACCAAUGGAACUGGCCACCCAGGGAACCAAGACAGCAGUCACACACAGGGACCCCCUUUGAAAAAAGUGAGAGUUGUUCCUCCUACCACUACCUCAGGUGGACUAAUCAUGACAGACUAUCAGCGUUCCAAUCCACAUGCUGCCUAUCCCAGCCCUGGACCAAGCACAUCACAGCCCCAAAGCAGCAUGGGGUACUCAGCUACCUCCCAGCAGCCUCCACAUCAGACACAUCGGUACUGA